UUAGUUACAAAAUAUUUAUAGUUAAUAAAGGAAUGAAAGAAGAUUGAAGUAAAAAUAUUAAGAAGAGGGAGAGAGAGAGAGUGUGUGUGUGUGUUGAAGGGGUUCGUGUUAGUGUUAGCGAGAAAGUGUUGAAUGAGUGGUGGUGGAGGACACGUCUGACCUUUUGAAUUCUCGCAAGAAACUAUUUCAUACUUUCCAUAUAAAUUCAAACCCUCCAAGAAAAUAACCAAAAAAAAAAAAUCCUCACAAAAUUCUGCAAAUCCUUUUCCAUUUUUGGAUUUUUCCUUCCGAUUAAUCGCAUCCUCUUCCUCUCUUUCCCCUUCAUUUCAUCUUCUCCCCCCAUACCCUCCUUCAACAACUCCACAAUCAAUCCAUCUCCUUUCUGGAUUCCCAUUGCACAGUAAUCCAACGCGCUUCAUUUGACCAAUCCGAUUCAAUCUAUCAUGAAUCAGGGCGUCCUCCUCCGAUCGCCGCCGGGUACUCGCCAACAACCACUACUCAGAGACAAAUCAGGCAACAUAGUUAAAGAAAAGCGCCGGUUCGCGGAGGUCGCCGGUGGAACAGCAGCGGAGUGCGCGGCAAUAUGUUGUUGCUUUCCAUGCAGUAUGAUGAAUCUUCUGAUAUUGACGGUGUAUAAAGUUCCAGUAGGACUCUGCAAGAAAGUGUGGAAUAAGAGGGGAAAACGACGGGAAAUCGCAAAGAAAAACGCGGGGGCGGUGGUGGGAGGUAAGGAGUGGGGGAAUGAUGAUCGUGAAAAGGAGGAUUGGGGAGAAUCGCUUCCGUCGUCGUAUUUGUCAUCGGAGGAUAUGGAAUUGGAGAAGGAGAUGUGGGAACGAUUUUACGGAAAUGGCUUCUUGAGGACUCCAUCGCAAAGAGAAACUUAA